AUGUCUAGACAUAAUAGACCACCUCUUUCCCUUAAGCACAUUGCAAAAUACAUGAAAGAUAAGACAAGCAAAACUUGUGUGAUUGUAGGCUCAGUUCUUGAUGACCCAAGAUUCCUUGAGAUCCCACAAGGUCUUCAAAUCGUGACUUUAAGAAUGGUCUAUUUAUUUUUGCCUUUUAAAAAAAAUAAAAAAAAAAAUGCUUAAAAUCUUUUUUUUUCUCAUAAAAUUUAUAAUAACAUAAGAAUCAGCGAGACUGCAAGAGCUAGAGUUGAAGCUGCAGGCGGAAAAGUGCUCACUUUCGACCAAUUUGCGUCCCAAAACCCAACUGGCACUAGCACUGUGCUUUUAAGAGGAAAGAAAACAGCAAGAGAAUCCUACAAACAUUUCGGCCCUGCUCCUGGCUGCAAAGGCUCUAAAGCACGCCCUUACGUCCGCAGUGAGGGUAGAAAAUUCGAAAGAGCCAGAGGUAGAAGAUAA